AUGGCAUCUGGCCAGAGUUCUACGUCUGAGGAGUGCGAAUUUCUGAGCCAGCAAGAUGGCCGAUUCCUCAUCGAGUGCCUGCGAAACAUCGAUGAAAGCAGGGCUGUCAAUUUGACCAACGUUGGAGCCACGAUGGGCUAUACCAACACUUCAUCUGUCGCCAACAGGUUCCGUGCCCUCCGCAAGCGCUACGGCUUUCCCAAUCUCGAUGCUACCACUAAGCCAUCAAAUGCGAGUGCCACCUCGACUGCUUCUGUGUCCACUACCCCCUCCGGGAAAGGCAAGCGCAAGGGCCCCGGCGUCGGAAGAAAGAAAAAAGCCACCAAGUGCGGAGAAUUCGAAGACCCCUUCAUCACCGACGAUUCCGAGGCUGAAACUAUCAUCGCCGCUGAAGUUCCCAAGGUCAAAGCCACCCCUAAGAAAGGGGCCAGGAAGGGAGCCAAAGUGACUUCUACUCCUACCCCAGCUACUGAUCUUGGAGCCCCGAAGGGAGGCAAGCAUUCAAAGGCAACUUCAGAGUCGACGGUCAAGACUGAAAAUGUGAAGGACGAAAGCAUUGACGUUAAUCUCCUUAACGCGGUCAAUGAUGCUAUGGAGAUGUAUGAGGACAUCGAGGGCUUCGAAAAAGCGUAG